UGAUGGUUCAGGUCGGUGGGGGGGCUGAGGAAUGCAUUGUGUCAAUGGGAACCCCUCACAGCCACAGAAAACCCAACAUGUGUGCUCGCGUGCGUGUGCGCGCGCACGAGCUCCGCCAGUCUGACGCCAGGCAGCAGCGGGAGCGCGGAUCGGUUCUCGCUGCAGACUCUGUGGAAGCUGCGCGCGCGGUUGUGUUGGUGGUCCCGGAGCCGCACGGACACGCUCGGAACCGGUUCCAAAAGUCCGGGAGGAGGAGGUGGAUGAUAAGUCCGGCUCAGAACUCCAGGUUUGCACAGUUCGGUUGGAUUCUGCACCGGAAUUGGACUUAAACGGGGACUCAUAACUUCAAAGGGACCGGUACCCGACACUUCCCCGGGUCUCGUUCCCGACUUCAUCCGGAGUGCGCGUGAGCAGCUGCCGGUCUUAAACCCGGUUCCUCCGCGGUUCGUGGGGCGGAGGGGUUCGGGACCGGUUCCUGCUUAUGAGGGGCUGGACAGUGACCGUGGCACGCGGGUGUCUCCGCGCGCGUGCCUGAGGUUAUUCACGGCGCAGAAAUGCAGACAGGCUGGAGCCAGACUGCGCUGCACGCGGACGCGCGCGCGCGGCAACAGAUGUUGGUGUGAUGCGGAUCUGCGCGGAUGCUGCAGACAGAGCGGAGCCACGCGGGACCUGCUGCCUCUCCUCUCCAAACAGCCUGUGAACGCGCUCCGUGCACGAGCGCUGUUUGUUCUGGUCCGGUUGGAAGUCGGUCCUCUAAUCUCCGAGUCCAGAAAGUUCUGUGUGGUGUGGAGGAUGAAGAACCCAGCUCCCCCCACUGAAGUGUGGAGCCCCCUGCACCGAGAGCGGGGGGAGACACCCAGCUCCAAGAAGUUCAAGAGGAAGUCCAGAGAGCCCAAGAGGCUGCUGAGCACCGCGGCCCCCCCUCUGGACCUGUCAGAUGUGGACUCCUCAGAGGACACCCUCAUGGGGACCCGCUAUGUCAGCAAGCUGGCCCCCCUCCACAGACAGCUGAUGGUGUCUAAGGACAUGUCUGAGGAGGCGGGGGCUCAGAGCCGGGCCCUGGACAUGAGAACGUGCAGUAAUGGACCCGUCCUCGGGGCCAAGGCGCCCCCGUUUUCGCUGUCGACCCAGGAGAUCUCCCACUGGCCCCCCUCCAUCUCCCAGCCGCUGUCCGGCCGACUCAAGCUGGGCCCCCCUUCCUCCUUCCCUGCAGGAUCGGGCUUCCCUCAUCAGGUCUUCCCCAUGGAGCCCUCCCCGCCACGUCAGCCUGGGGUCAGAACCCACCCGUCCCCCCCGUCCCCCCAGUGUCUGGACCACAUCGAAGCCCCACUCUUGUCGCCCAAGGAGUCUCCCAGGAAACGGACCGGGAUCGAUGCAGAUCAACGAGGUCCAGAGGUCAAGGCCAUCCAGCAGACCAGGAGGCUGCUGGCCAACGCCAGAGAGAGGACGCGCGUCCACACCAUUAGUGCUGCGUUUGAGGCCCUGAGGAAGCAGGUGCCCUGCUACUCGUACGGGCAGAAGCUCUCCAAGCUCGCCAUCCUCCGCAUCGCCUGUAACUACAUCCUGUCCCUGGCUCAGCUGGCGGAGCUGCACCCCGGCUCGGACCGCAGCGGCUUCUCCGAGUGCGUGGACCAGUGCACCAGGACGCUGCAGGCUGAGGGCCGCAGCAAGAAGAGGAAGGAGUGAGGUGAAGAGGAGGAACCCCCAGAGGAUGAAGAUGGAGGACUGAAGAUGUUCUUUGUCUUUUGUUCUGAAACUCCCUUUACUUCCUGGUGCCAGUGGGCCGAGUCGAACAGUAAACUCCACCCCUCUCCUCAGCAGAAUGUGCCUUAUGAGUGAGGUGUCUCACAGCUGAAGCUCUCCUUCUACAGCUGGUUCUGAUCCAGCUCAGGGAUCAUGUGGAGCUGCCCCCGUCUGGUGGACUUAACGUCCAAUAAAACUGUCUGUCUGGAUUUCAACAAAAGCUUCCAAAGAACUUCUGGGCGUGCUGCCUUCAAGUUGUUUUUGACUUUUGUAAAUCUUUCAUAAAGCUUGAAGCUGUGGAUCACUUAGACCUGCUCCACCCCACCAUGAGGCCCAGCCAGGGUCCUGGGCUCCUCUUCUGGACCAGAAUCACUUCGCCUUAGGGGUGGAACCAUUCAUUUUAGCUACAAUUCAUAUCAUAAUUUGUGGUUGACAAAUUGAUUUAUAGGAAAUUCGAACGAUCAGAUUCACUGACCUAAAAUGGAUCCAGGACAUCUUUAUUCAAAACUUCCACCACUGUGAUCAGAUAAAUACCUGGAACUGAUCAGUGCAGGUGAAGAUUUCCAGAUUCCUUGACAAUAAAUUAAUGUGUACAAACAAACAAGUAAACUAGAAUGAAUGUCAAAUCCAUUCACAUUUUAGUUUGAAACAGUUCAGACCACUGUUGAUUUUCCACAUCAAACAUUUUACAUUGUUGCUAAAUUCAGUGUUUCCACACAUUGGAUGAUGGUUGAUCAGUUUUUACAGCAUCAUGUGAGAUUUUUACGUUUUAGUAAAAUAAACCUACAAUCCAAAUGGUAUUUUCUAAUAUCGAUAUAAUCGAUUUAUUACAUUUUGAAGCGAUAUUAUAAUGGUAUAGGUCAGUUUGAUUAACCAAUUCCCUUAGACAAAUAGAUCUGGUUGGAUUUAAAUGGAUUCAUGAUUAAUCGUUACAUACCCACUUCCCUUUUUCUAACUCUGUUCAUUCUGUCAGCACAAAUAAAGCUAUUUGAAAUGACCUCGCUGACCUGUGACUUUUAAACAUCACACCUGUGCUGCUCCUCACACCUUCCACAGGUUCAAAAUGACAAGGAUUCAUUUUAUUAUUGCACAGUUCCCUUGGUCAAUCCAAAAUGUUAACUAACAUUUAGGAUGUAAAAGGAAAGUUUUGUAAUUUUUAAAGAAUAUCUUCAUGUACUGUAUGUCAGCGAUUAGUAUGCAGUAUUACCAUGUAGCUCAAUAAAGGACAAACUUUACAUAUCAA